AUGCAACAACACACAACCAUAACAAAGAAAAGAAAAGACGCAACAUUCACUAUGGAUUGUCUGAAGAAAACUCUCUUGUUCCUACUCUCAUGCACGGCGAUUCUGCUAAGCAACAACAUCGUCGCAGCUACAAACGUUGGCUUGAACUAUGGCCUUCUCGGAGACAACCUCCCGCCACCUCCUCAGGUUAUCAACCUUUACAAGUCCAUAGGCAUCACCAAAAUCCGAAUCUUCGACCCAAACGUAGAGGUUCUCAACGCCUUACGUGGCCACCAAGAUAUUGGAGUCACCGUAGGCGUCAAGGACCAAGACUUGGCUGCUCUUGCAGCCAGCGAAGAAGCUGCUAAAGGCUGGUUCGCUACCAACAUCGAGCCUUACUUAACCGACGUCAACAUCACGUUCAUUACAGUUGGUAACGAAGUCAUCCCUGGACCACUCGGACCACAAGUGCUUCCCGUCGUGAAAUCUCUAACCAAACUCGUGGACUCUAGAAGUCUUCCUAUCUCCAUAACUACCGUUGUCUCUAUGGCAAACCUCGGAGAAUCUUACCCACCUUCCUCCGGAACGUUCACCCCCUUAGCGCGUGAACAACUCACCCCGGUUCUGAAGUUCUUGUCUGAAAAAAGUGUACCGAUCCUUGUCAAUAUGUACCCUUACUUCCCUUACGCAUCAGACCCAGUGAACAUUCAUCUCGACUAUGCAACUUUCAAAACUGAGUCUGUCGUGGUCCAAGACGGCCCACUAGGCUAUUCAAACAUGUUUGAUGCAAUGUACGACGCGUUCUUGUGGGCGAUGGAGAAGGAAGGCGUGAAAGAUUUACCGUUGGUGGUGUCCGAGACCGGGUGGCCGUCUGCAGGGAAUGGUGACCUUACCACGCCGCUUAUCGCAUCUACCUAUAACGGUAACUUUGUGAAGCAUAUAGAAAGCGGCAAAGGGACGCCUAAGAGGUCAAACUGCAGCAUUGAUGGGUAUAUAUUCGCUACUUUUAACGAGAAUCUGAAACCAGCUGGGACUGAACAACAUUUUGGUUUGUUUGAACCUGCUGAUAUGAAGCCCGUCUACAAGUUGUUUUGAAUUUUUAGAUUCUAUUAAUCUUAGACUAUAUAUUAUGUCUAAUUCAUUAGUUAUAACGCUCUGGUAUUUGCAAUCGAGUGGGAUAA